AUGGGACGUCAUCGGUCGUAUAAGCCUCAUUACUUGAAUAGAAAGCGUUCCCGGUCGCGUUCCAGUUCCCGGUCGCGGCCCACGCGUUCCGAUACAAUUUUUACGGACAGACCACGGGUGAAACGACGUCCGGGACAUGGCACAUCAUCCUGGGACAUACCGCCCGACGGCUAUUCCCACCUGACUCCGAUCCAGUACAAAGCCAUGCAGGCCAGCGGGCAGAUAGCUUCCCGGAUUAUUCCGGAUGCCGUGCCCACGGGGGAGUCGGCGGCUAUUGCGAUGGUCACUCGACAGGCACGCCGUCUUUAUGUGGGAAACAUUCCAUUCGGCGUUACUGAGGAGGACAUGAUAAACUUCUUCAAUAGGCAGAUACUGUUGCUGGGACUGGAUUCAUUGCAGAACACGGAUGGACGGGCGGUGCUGUCCUGUCAAACGAAUCUGGAGAAGAACUUCGCCUUCUUGGAAUUCCGUUCGAUGGAUGAGGCCACCCAGGCUAUUAAUUUCGAUGGGAUUUGCUUUCGCGGACAGACUUUGAAGAUCCGAAGACCCCACGACUACCAACCAGUGGCCUCUGUGGGUUCCUUUGAAACCGAAACCUUUGGGGUGGGCAAAACUACCUUGACCUUGCCAGCGAUCUCUGCCAGCUGUGUAUCCAAUCUGGUUCCCGAUUCCCCCAAUAAGAUAUACGUGGGUGGGCUGCCCACCUGCCUGGAAGAGACUCAGAUCAAGGAGCUUCUGCAAUCCUUUGGCGAUCUGAAAGGAUUUAAUCUGGUGAGGGAAGCCGGCACAACCCUGAGCAAAGGAUUCGCCUUCUUCGAGUACGUGGAUGCCAAUGUGACGGAUCAAGCCAUCGCUGGCCUGCACGGCAUGCAGUUGGGCGAUCGCAGACUGGUCGUCCAGAGAUCCAUUCCUGGCGGAAAGAGCUCUCUUCUUGGUCAGAUGUCGGCACUUCAGGUUCCCGGGCUACCUUCAUUACAAUCCACUGGUGGUGUGGCCACGGAGGUUCUGUGUCUGUUCAAUAUGGUCUUGCCGGAGGAACUGCUGGACAACGAGGAGUACGAGGACAUUCUCACGGACAUUAAGCAGGAGUGCGCCAAGUACGGAGAGGUUCGCAGCAUCAGAAUCCCCCGACCCAUUGGCCAAAAUCCGCCGCAGGGCUUGGGGAAGGUCUUUGUCCAGUUCGAGUCUGUCCAAGAUUGCCAAAAGGCCCUGACCGCGUUGAGUGGUCGCAAGUUCAGCGGUCGCAUUGUGAUGUCCUCGUUCUAUGAUCCCGAAAAGUACCUAGCCAAUGAUUUUCAGUAA